UUUUCAGUAUUACAUUUUAAUAGUUGCAAUGAAUAACAGAACGUAAUAUUAGUUUAUUUCAUUUUCAGAGCAUCAAUCAUGUAACUUUUCCCUAAGAGCAAAAAUGUGAAAAGUGAAAAGUUUUGGCAAUUUCGAAUUCGGCAAUUUUAUUUAUCAAAUUCACGAAAAACUUUUCAUUUUUUACGUUUUUGCUUUUAGGAAAAAAUUACAUUGAUGCUCAGAAUUUGCUCCUUAAAACAUAUGAAAAAUAUCCCUAAUAUAUCCUGUAGAAAUCCUUAGGAUGUUCCACAAGAUGUCCCUGGAUUUUCCAGAGGCUAAUAUAUGGCUAUCAUUUCCUCUUCCCGAGGACGUCCAAAGAAUAUCCACGGAUAAAAAUAGGAUAUCCUUAGGAUAUCCUACAUGUAUAUCCUGGAUGGUCUUAGGAUGCCCUCAGGAUAUCCUUGUGCUAUCUGGGCUAUUCCAUACGCAUUUUAGAAUGCAUCGAAGAACAUAUAUCGAAUUGGAAAAUAUAGUUGGACCUCUGAUUAUACAGAGAGAAAAUGAUAUAUCAUUAUUUAUCAAAAAAACUAUUAUUAACAUUAUGGAUUAUAGCUACUCCAGAAAGUUUUCGAUCUGUUGCAGAUAGAUUUGGUCUUUCUAAAUGUGUAACUUGGAAGAUCUUUAAAGAAGUGGUUUGGGUGUUAAAGAGAAUAAUGCCACGCUUUAUAAGAUGGUCAAACGAUGUAGAAUGUGUAGAAAGUGAAAGGAUUUUUCGAAUGCGAUCAAGAGGAUUUCCAGGUGUUGUAGGGGCUAUUGAUGGCUGUCAUAUCCCAAUUAAACAGCCGCCUGGAAAUGCAAAUGAUUAUUACAAUCGUAAAGAAUUUCAUUCUAUUAUUUUGCAAGGUGUUUGCGAUCACACUGGAAAAUUUAUCGACUGUUUAAUCGGUCGGCCAGGACGUGCACAUGAUGCGGCAGUUUUUCGAAGCAGUAAUAUUUAUGGCAGACUGAUAGAUGAAGCAAAUCCUUUGUUACCUUCUCAACGACACAUUAUAGGUGAUUCCGCAUAUCCAUUGCUCAAAAAUGUGAUGACUCCAUUUCGAGACAAUGGAAAUUUAACCCCAGAAAAGUCUAUGUAUAAUACUACACUUUCCUCAAUACGAUCGAUAAUAGAACGUGCCUAUGGAUUGCUGAAAGGAAAGUGGCGAAGAUUAAAAUAUCUUGAUGUGAAAAGUAUUGAUAUGGCAAAUCAUAUUAUUGCUGCCGCAUGUACUCUUCACAAUUUUCUUAUAUUACAUAAUGAAAUCGCAAUAAGAGAGAAUGUGAACAUUGACAUUAAUAUAAAUAUUGAGCACGAAGAUUAUAACAGUGAUGAAAAUGAUAAUGAUUUUCAAAAUGAGAAUGGACAAAUGAAAAGACAAGAAAUUGCGAAUAGAUUGCUUCAACUGAAAAGACAAGAAAUUGCGAAUAGAUUGCUUUAACUUAAUUUAAUUAAUUUUUUUUAUAAAUGUAUCA